AACUUCAAAGGUGGCACAGUCUGAUGGGGAUGGGGAGAGGGAGUGAGGAUCAGAGAGCCAAACUGGGGAGGAUUCUGAGGCUAAAAAUGGAAAGGGGCUGCUGACUAGAAAGCCCCCCAAAGGAGACGGAGUCAGCUGGAGAUUCAGAGCCCUCAACCCUUUGUCUGUCCAACAAUCCAGAGAAAUCUCUGAACUUUUCUAAUUUGCAAAAAGUUCCUUCAUUUUUGCUCCUCAAACCCCAAAUUCCCAAGGCUAGGACAGAGUUUGUUGACCUAAAAGACCCUCCUCCCCCCCACCACACACACACACAAAGAACAAAGAUGAAGGCUCCAGGAGCCAUUCUGAUUAACUCACCUGCCUUCUGUUCAGUGUCCGGUACAGGGAGAGAGGGAGGUUUGGUAAUGCCUGAAAAUUCUGCUCACAUGCAGCUAAGGUGCUGCCUGAUGAGCCAAGAAUAUGGGAAUGGCUACAGCUGUGGCUCUUCCAGGCUUCCCUUCUAGGAGGUGCUGGAGAAUGAGGAAUUCCUGAGGAUGGGCCCUAGGGGCCUGGCUCCCGGGGAAGUGAUGGCAAUAACAGGGACAGACUAUCUUGGUCACCUAAGUCUCACUAAAUAGCCUUUCUCAGGAAGAGAUCUUUAGGCUGCUGGCCUAAGGCACUGGCCCAGGAGGAGAAACUGAGGCAGCCCUCCCCUUCCCUAGAGGGUCAUUGCAACAUGAGACCCAAAGGAGCUGCAAAGGCAGCCCCAGCCCCGCCUACUGUUCCUGGGUGCUAAUCCCCAGCACAGAACACUCAGGAGAGAGGAUUGGAUGAAUAGCCUAGAGAGGGGGCGUCGCCACUGUCUCGCCCAAGGGUUAAAUAGGGGCGCAGGCAAGAUGCUCAGGACUGCUGUAUUUCCCUGAACCAAACCAUGACCCAGACCCUCAAGCUCGCCUCCAGGGUGUUCCAUCGCGUCCACUGUGCUCUUGAGCUGGGCGCCUCACUGGGCUCCAGAGGCUCCGACUCAGCGCCACGAAGCUUGGCAGACAUCCCAGGACCCUCCACACCCAGCUUCCUUGCUGAACUUUUCUGCAAAGGGGGGCUGUCACGGCUACACGAGCUGCAGGUGCUGGGGGCCACACGCUUUGGGCCAGUGUGGUUGGCGAGCUUCGGGAAGGUGCGCUCGGUGUAUGUGGCAGCCCCUACACUCAUUGAACAGCUGCUGCGACAGGAGGGGCCCCGACCCGAGCGCUGCAGCUUCUCGCCGUGGGCUGAGCACCGUCGACGCUGCCACCGAGCUUGCGGACUGCUCACCGCGGAAGGCGAAGAAUGGCAGAGGCUCCGCAGCCUCCUGGCCCCACUCCUCCUCCGGCCUCAAGCGGCCGCCCGCUAUGCCAGGCCCCUGAACAAUGUGGUCCUUGACCUUGUGCGGCGACUGCGGUGCCAACGGGGAAGCGGUGCUGGGCCGCCAGCCCUGGUUCGGGACGUAGCUGGAGAGUUUUACAAGUUUGGACUGGAAGGCAUAGCUGCAGUGCUGCUUGGUUCGCGCUUAGGCUGCCUGGAGGCAGAAGUGCCUCCAGACACAGAGACUUUCAUCCGUGCUGUGGGAUCCGUGUUUGUAUCCACGCUGUUGACCAUGGCGAUGCCUGACUGGCUGCACCGCCUCGUGCCGGGACCCUGGGGCCGCCUCUGCCGAGACUGGGACCAGAUGUUUGAAUUUGCCCAGCAGCAUGUGGAGAGGCGAGAGGCUGAAAUAACCAUGAGGAACGACGGAGAACCUGAGGAGGACAUGGGAUCUGGGGCUCACCUGACCUACUUCCUGUUCCGAGAAGAGUUGCCUGUCCCUUCCAUCCUGGGGAAUGUGACAGAGCUGCUACUGGCUGGAGUGGACACGGUGUCCAACACGCUCUCCUGGGCUUUAUAUGAACUCUCUCGGCACCCUGAAGUCCAGACAGCACUCCACUCGGAGAUCACAGCUGCCCUGGGCCCAGGCUCCAAUGCCCACUUUUCAGCCUCUGCUCUGUCCCAGCUGCCCCUGCUGAAGGCUGUCCUCAAGGAAGUGCUAAGACUGUACCCUGUGGUACCUGGAAAUUCCCGUGUUCCAGACAAAGACAUUCGUGUGGGUGACUACAUUAUCCCCAAAAAUACACUGGUCACGCUGUGUCACUAUGCCACUUCAAGGGACCCCACCCAGUUCCCAGAGCCAAAUGCUUUUCGUCCAGCUCGCUGGCUGGGGGAGGAUCAAGCCCUCCACCCAUUUGCUUCUCUCCCCUUUGGCUUUGGCAAGCGCAGCUGCAUAGGGAGACGCCUUGCAGAGCUUGAGCUACAAAUGGCUUUGGCCCAGAUCUUGACCCACUUUGAGGUGCAGCCUGAGCCAGGUGCUGCCCCAAUCAGACCAAUGACCCGGACUGUCCUGGUACCAGAGAGGAGCAUCAAUCUACAGUUUGUGGACAGAUAAUCCUGUGGAAGGAGGCUGUCGUCAUCAUGCCUUCUCUCAUCAUAUGAGUUUAUUAGGCACAAGACCAAGAGAUGGUUAUUUCCUGAGACCUGUAUGACUAAAUUGGUCAGAAUGACUACAGCAUAAGCCCUGACCAAGGUGUGAAGUAUGUACCUGGCCUGACUCAACUGUCCCAGAGAAAACCAUGCUCCCUCUGCCUGCUCAGUCCUCCUGGUCACAUCAUAUACAUCCUUCAAGAGCCAACUCAGAUUUUCUUUUUUUUUAAGGCAAGGCAACCCUUGGUUGACCUCAUAGAUUGCAAGGACCUUGUCAGCUUACAAUCUCUUAUUUUUUUUUUUAUUUUUUAUGCCUACAGCACCUGGUCUUCCUAGGUGAUCUCCCAUCCAAGUAUUAACCAGACCCGACCCUGCUUAGCUUCCAAGAUCAGACAGGAUCAGGCUUGUACAGGGUAGCCUGGCCGUAGACCCAACUCAGGUUUUAGCUAAUAAUGUUAGGUGACCUGAGGAAGAAUUCCACCACUGCCAUUUGGGGGCUUCCACAGUGUUCAUUGAUGCUGCUAGCUAAACUCCUAGCACAGCAUGAGCUAAGUAAUUGUGCAUUUCGUCUGCACCUGGUUGGUCCUCUCUCCUUGCAUGUGAGCUCUUAGAGAGGAAAGGUGGGGCCUUAUUCAGUCUUUAUGUCCCCUGUCAGCGCCUAUCCCUCACUAGGAGACACCGUACAGAUUCUCAGAUUGAAUCUGGACCAUGUGGCAGAAGAAGUGAGAAGCUUACUAGGCUCUGUCUAUACCAUUCCUUCCUCAUCUUGGCCCCCUAGGAAGGUGAGUCAUAAACCCUUGCCUGGUUUAUGAUUUUUUAAAACUCUCCUUGCCUCUCUGGUCACUAUUAGUUCCCAUGCAGAGACAUCACUGGAUCUGUCUUUGUGCAUGCCUUCCUUUUAUAUAUUGAAAUUAUUUUAAUUCAUUGUUUUGAAAUAAAAAAAAAAUUAAAUGUUC